UCUGUCUUCGACUGCUCUUUGUCUGCCACACUGUCCUCUCUUACUUUGUCAUGGGUACGCAUGAAUCUCUUCUUUCAUUUGUAACCAACGCGAUUGUGCCUGUGCACUGUCAUUCAAUCUAAACUUUUCCUCAGCCUUUCUAUCACUUGCCAUACCAUAACCUUAUUUUUCUUGUUUAGUGUAUGAUUACUUCAAUGGGCGUCCACACGACGUUAUCAUGGAGCAUCGGAGAAGAGUCAGGAGGCAGAUUCAUUUGCGAGUACGUCUUCGGGACGCCCACGACCCGCUUGACAUUAGCACUGAAGCCUUUGUGGAGCUGUACAGGAUGCCCCAGGACAUCUUCCUGGAGUUGUUGGAGUUACAGACUCCGUUUGUUCGUCAUCGCACUGGGCCCCUGGCAAUUCCUCUCUACUUAAGAGUAAGUGUGAGAUAUUGUUAGAAAAUCUUCUUGGAUUUCACAGACGACAGCUUAUACCUAUCUACCCUUAACAGCUGUUUGAUGUCAUUAAACUGGAUACUGAGUUCUCUGUGAAUUCCUAGUGUCAGAGUAAUCCUUGGGAAAUCUCAACAAAUUUUUAACAGUUAUUGCCGCUCUUGUGUGCACUUACCGUCUUUGCCACUGGUGGCUACCAGGAACAUGUGGGAACAAGCAUGCACCACCCCAUGUCUCAAGCUAGUGUUAGCUAUGCUGUUGAAGAAAUAACAGCUGCCCUAAACCAUCCCCUUGUCCUUACAAGAUUUAUACAUUUUCCUGCCACUCAUGCUGAGCGAGUUGCUACGAUGGAAAAGAAUGCCCGCAGGGGCCUACUAGGUGUCCUGGGAUUAGUUGAUGGUACCAUCAUUCACAUCACUCCACCCCCAAGACCAAAUCAGCAUUAUUAUUCAAGAAAAGGUUUUACUUCACUGAAUGAUAUGAUUGUAUGUGAUGUUGAUUUAAAUAAUCUUACUGUCAAUGCGCGGUAUCCUGGAUCUUCUCAUGAUUCCUAUGUUUACAAUAAUUCAGCACUGCCAGAUGUCAUGCGGACAGCAUUUCGUGAAAGUCACUGUUGGCUACUAGGAGAUUCAGGCUAUCCCCUGCAACCAUGGCUGAUGACGCCAUUGCCAGGGGCUCCUGAAGGUACACCUGAGUACCACUAUACCCAGCUGCAUGGAAAAGUAAGGAAUGCUGUGGAACGGUGCAUUGGUGUACUGAAGGCUAGAUGGCGUUGCAUUUGCAAUGACAAUGCUGUUCCAUAUCGACCUACGAAAAGUGGUCUGAUUAUAAAUGCUUGUGUUGUCCUCCACAACAUUCUCACACGCAUGAGGCUUCCUGUUCCCAUAAACUAUCAUCAAUUUCAAGAUGAACCUGAUCCUGACAAUGUAGUUGACCCUGAUGAUGUGAUUCAGCAUCUAGAUAAUGCAGAAGCAGUCCAAGCGGACCUUGUUGCCCAUGCCAACUGGAAUCCUAAUUCUUUGAAGAAGCUGUCAUCCCUAGUUGAUCUUAAACUUGGACAUUUUUUAUUGACUAAACCCAUAUGCUAA